UGGACACGAGGCUACUUCCAGUUCUUCCUGCGGUCUCUGUUGGUGUGUCUAACCACUCGCCAAGCUUCGUAAUUGUAUGGCGACCAGAGGCGAUUCAAAACGCUUACUAGAAAGAGGGGACAGCCCUCUGCGCGGCGGCCUUCCGCCGAAACCAAAAGCGAAAGGCGACGGGAAUGUGUUCACCGACGCUCUGUUGCGUUUCUUCGGUCUACAUAAGGACGAAGACGAGCGCAGGCUGUGGAGAGCGCGUCAAGAGUAUCAUCUCAACAGAAGAAUUCUUCCCGCCCCCAAAUGGCUUCAACCGAGUCUAACGCGUCAGAGCGCUGACAAUGUGUUCGGCGAACAAGAAAUGGUACAAGUUGAUGGCGGUGAGGCGACGGUGGCGACACCAGAUGAUGCGCAACUACCGGCACGCGGAAGACGGAGGUCGUCGACCGGAAGGGUGAUUGACAAGUCGAAGGAGCCAGAGCAUCGACUCCGGCCUGCUAUGCCGUCUGUGAUCUCGAUGGUCGUGAGCGGAGUGAGGACUUUGUUCAAGACAAAAGAAGUGGCUGUAGACCACGCUCCUCCGGUUUCAAAUGCUAGAAGCUUUCGACCAGGCGACGAUUGGGACAAUGAUGUUUCAGAGGUGUCUGAUGAUGGCGAGUGUUAUUACUGUUAUGAUGAAGGAAAACGCGAAGCAAAUGUCGAGCCAGACAAUAAGCCGGAUGAUGAACUUCGUAGAUUGCCGGCUACCGCGGUGGCAGAGACACAAGAGCUUACAUCAGAAAAGCCAUAUGAUUCUAAGCCACUACUUGAGGACUACACAGAUGGCACGACACAAAAACAAGCUGGGUAUAAGAAGGAUGCUGGCGCUCAACGUACAAGGACUCGUGGUCUGAAGAAGCAUCCUCCUGGCGAGUUAUUUGAAGACAGACGCGAUGUCGGGAUUGGUAUACUCGGACGAUGGUUUCAGUAUAGCUACAAGAAAGCCGAUGAACUAGACGUCGAAACGUUGAGAAAAAUCGAAGAUGUUGACGUACACAGGCCGUAUUUUACAUCUUGGCUUGUGACUGUUCAAGUUGUGAUUAUGAUUGUUACGCUCGCUGUGUACAGUAUGGCACCGGUGGGUCUCGAUUUCAAACAGGAACAAAAGCAGGUUCUCACCACUGGGUUGGCUAUCGAGACUCGUGAGCAUCAGGUACAAACCAACCUGUGGAUUGGACCAAGCUAUAAGGACUUGAUUCAUCUUGGAGCCAAGUAUUCGCCGUGCAUGCGCAGUGACAAGAGAGUGUCUGAGAAGAUCUCAGCAGAGCGUGCAAUUGAGCGAGAACAGACGGGCUGCUGUGUACGACAGGACCAGUCGGGAUGCGUACAGUUAACCAAGUUACAAUGCGAAAGAGCUGUAUUUACUGAGUGGCACAAAUGGAAUAAAACACAAGUGGGUAACGUCGUACGAUCGUCCGGUCCGGUGUGUGGUCAAGACCCGAGGGACUGUUUGCAGCCUCAGUCAGCCGGAGCGCACGAAUGGAUGGAUGAUAUCACACAAUGGCCGGAAUGUCAAAAGCUUGGUGGUAGCUCUUCAUACUUACGUGGUGGUAACUCUUCAUACUUACAUGAUAGUAACUCUUCAUACGCAAACAUGCAGUGCGAAGUGACAGGACGGCCUUGCUGCAUCGGCCUGCAAGGUGAGUGCGUCAUGGCAACAGAAGAAGAAUGCGACUUUCUCGAGGGUUAUUACCACAGAAAUAAAACACUCUGUUCUCAGGCGAAUUGUAUGCAGAAAAUAUGCGGGCUUAGUGAUUUCCUGCACCCGGAUACGCCCGAUCAGAUCUACCGAAUAUGGAUCUCGCUCUUUCUUCACGUCGGGAUAAUCCACUGUGCUGUAACAGUGUUCUUCGAGAUUGUUGUUUUGUACGAGCUGGAAAAGCUUGCCGGCUGGUUUAGGGUGAUGAUGAUAUUCGUAUUUAGUGGCAUCGGCGGCAACAUUGUCAGUGCCGUGUUUGCACCCUAUCAGGCCGAAGUCGGUCCAUCCGGUGCCUUGUUUGGUCUCAUGGCUGCAUUGGUUUUGGAACUCGUGGAGAAGUGGAGGCUCUUCUGGUAUCCAGCCUGGGAGCUCGGCAAGCUGCUGCUUCUUAUUGUCCUUUUCUUCUUGCUUGGCUUCUUGCCGUAUGUUGACAACUACGCUCAUGUUGCCGGUUUCGUGUUUGGUUUACUCUUGUCGGCCAUCUUUCUCCCUUUUAUUUUUGUCGAACGACAGAAGAGGAUUGUCAUUAUGUUGGUUGCGGGAGUAGUCUUCGUGAUCCUCCAUCUUUUGUUCUGGUUGUUGUUUUUUUUGGUGAAAGACUUCAACUGCUCUGGCUGCACGUAUUUUACGUGUGUCCCUCUUACCGAUACGUUCUGUAAGGAUCUUGAUAACAAGUUGAGACCACGAAAGUUGGACAUUUUUGCACUGUAGUGUCUAUGGAGACAAGUCACGUGAUUGAGACAGUUCUGUGAGAUAACAUAUGUAGCUGUGUAUCGUAUAGACCAAACUUGUGUUUUAGCCUUGAUCAAAUAUGAAUUUGUUGGUGCAGA